CAGUGUUAAUGUCCAGAUGGCUCUGAUGCCCAAUCAGUCUUUAGUCAACAAGUACCGGGAUUUUUUACUCAGGUGAAGCAUCUGGAGCGUAAAUCUAAGCACUCUAAUUAUCUAUGGUUAAGAAUGUGUGGAUCUUUAUCUCCACUCCCCCAUACGUCUGCAUGUCGUAGUUCUUAGUUAAUCACAGCGGAUAACUUUAAUUUACCUGGACUUGAAAAGAACUUUACAGUUGAAAUGGAUCGUAUAUGUAUAGAAUGUGAAGUGGAUUCAAAUGGCUCAUAUGUUGGUAUUAUUGUGCUCAUGAAAGGGCACGCGGUGACUGUCAGCUGUUCAUGAACGUCCGGUCAGAAUGGAGAUGGCUUUACGCGUGGUGCAGACGUUCACAUGCUUAAGUUUGUAAUUGGAGGUACUGAUUUCUUAAAUCGUAUUGAGUUUGGAGAAAAUUAACAUGUGCUGAAACGUAAUAUUGAGUGUUAUUUAGGUGAUCCGUGAUUUUAGGUGACGUUAAUGCUACUGGAGAAUUGUUUGGUUAAGCACAUUUCCCAAGAACAACAUCGUGGUUAUUAAAUCUGCGUUUUGGAAGACACGACGAGAAGAAGGAAGUGGCAUUCCUAUUUAAGAUUUUUACCUGGAGUGUGGAUUUUGGACAGUUUGCCAACUUUCUCAGAUACAAAGAUGAAGCCACUUACAUCAAAGCAGUUGCAACGAUUAGAAAAGAAAAACAAGAAACUGGCAGCUUAUUUGGAAAUUGCAAAGUUAAAUGAUAAGGACAAGGAGGUCAAAACUCUGAAGCAUCCAAGCAAAGAGGACUGUGAAUGCUCUGAUGCUGACAGUUAUGCAGGUGUCACAGUUCUUGAAGAAGAACCGAGCAGGAAACGCCAUAAGAAGGACAGUGAAACUGUAGUGCAGGAUACAGAUGAGAGGAAUGUGUCUGAGAGUUCUCAGCAUGUGUCAGUUCCUCCAGUGGAAUCUUCAGAACAACAAUGUGAUGCUGAGCUCAUGUUGUCAAGUCCAAAUAAUUUUCCUCCAGGAUUUUCUGAUCAGGCUGUGACGGAGGAAAGACUAAGGCAGUCUGCGAUUUUUCAGGUCUGCACGUUAUUCCUAGCCGCCUUAGUUCUGGCUGAAGAGGACAAGAAGGACGACAGCAAGACAGUGAAGAGAGGAUUGCACGACCUGGGCUUCGGAGGAGGGAGUUUCGGACACGGAGGAGGGAGUUUCGGACACGGUGGAGGUGCCUCUUUCGGAGGACACGACGGCUUCAGUCUAGGAGGUCACUCCUUCGGCGGCGGAAGUUUCGGAGGAGGGGAAUCCCACCACGAGAGUCACGUGAAAGCCAUCACCAUCACCAAGGAAGUUAAAGUGCCCGUCCCUCAACCAUACCCAGUGCAUGUGGAGAAGAAGGUCCCGUACCCCGUGAAGGUCCCUGUAGCCGUCCAUGUUGACAAACCCUACCCAGUUCACGUCCCCAAACCAUACCCUGUCUACGUCGAGAAGAAGGUCCCUUACCCUGUGGAGAAGAAGGUCCCUUACCCUGUGAAGGUCCCUGUGAAGGUGCCGUACCCAGUCCCUCACCCUGUCCAUGUCCCUAAGCCGUACCCUGUUCACGUGACUAAACCAGUCCCUGUCCCUCACCCAGUUUAUAUCGAGAGGAAAAUCCCGGUUUACCUCAAGAACCAUGACGAUAGCUACGUGGGACUUGAGGGUCUCGGCUUCGAAUCAAGUCACAGUAACUAUGGUUACAUCGGUGACUCAUAUCUAGCUCAAAUACAGAGAAAGUUUGGCAGUUUAGAGGUUGCCAUGAAGCACAAAGAAGAUUUAAUUAAAGUGAUGAGAGCUAUAUUCCCUGUUGUUGAAUCGACGUGCAUUUCACAUCAAAUUCCGCGACCUGUAUCUGAUAAAUACUCUCGCACACAGCUGCUCCUUUCACCUGCACAGCUUAUUGAAGAGAACUAUCCUCUGCCAUUGAAAGGGGCGUUUCGUGCAAGAUAUGAAGAAUUUGUCCUGACAAAGGACUUAUACCAUGAAGUAACUCACGAUUCUCCAAUGUUUGGUUUGGACUGUGAAAUGUGUCGUACUACUUCAGGAGACUUGGAAGUCACUAGAGUAUCUAUUGUUAAUGAACAGUUGGAGGUUGUGUAUGAGACUCUUGUGAAACCUUACAAUCGUAUCACAGACUAUCUUACCCGUUUUUCUGGAAUCACAAAAGAGUUGCUUGCUGAUGUUGUUGUGAGACUAGAAGAUGUGCAGGAAGCUAUCAGAGCAUUAUUGCCUCCAAAUGCAAUUCUGGUUGGUCAGUCACUCAACUUUGACUUAAUAGCACUCAAGAUGAUGCACCCAUAUGUGAUUGACACAAGUGUCAUCUACAAUAUCACUGGUAAUCGUUUUCGGAAGACAAAACUUGCAUUGCUUGCACAAAAAUUUCUUGGAGAAGAAAUUCAACAGGGCAAAAAAGGACACUGUUCUGUGGAGGACAGUUCAUCAUGUAUGAAACUUGCCCAACUAAAACUUGCUAACGAUAUUGAAUAUGGGGAUGCAGUCCUUGCUGGUCACAAAGCAUCAGUUGCACGACAGAGGCAGGUACAGCCAACAUCAGCACAGCAAGAAAUUGCCACUAGCCUGUUUAGUCAUGUCACUAAAUUGGAUAAAUCAGCUGCUGUUGUGGGUUCCAAGGAAGUGGUUGACGGGUAUUCAAACUACAUGUCAAAGACAUUGUUCAGCAUUAGUGAUAGCAAUGAGAAUAUCAAUAAAAAUGUUCAGUGUAUAGUAACUCUAAAUGAGACAGUGGUGACGCAGACAUGCAACAUAGCACGAGAACAUUCAUUUACACUCUCUCAUGUUCAGGUUGAUCUAGCCGAAACCGAUGAUGAUACAAGCAUUAUGAGACAAGUAAAUAUCUGGUGUAAAGCAGUCUGGGAACAUAUGGCAUACAAUGGUUUAUGUGUGAUCUUGUUUAGUGGCAGAAAGGGUGGUGCAAAUGGCGCAUGUUUUAUUCAGGUCAAAAGACCACCUAUGCCAUGUAAGCAUUAACUUCAACAGCUGUGAACAAAAGAAGUCUGCUUCUUUGGUGCGUGUACAUAAUUAUAUUUAUUUACAUAAACACAUGCCUCCCUUUAGUCUUGAAUCAUCUGUAAUUUUAAUCAAAAUAAAAUCUUUCAUCUUAUACACCAUACCAAUGCUAUGACAUAUACUGUCAUCCACAAAAUAUUAAAUAUUUAUUUAUUUUUUAUUUUCUUUUGUAUUUGUGUGGUUAUUUUCAGAUAUAAUUAUAACAUACCUCAAAUCUCCAUCAUCAAAAUGAUCUUCACAAUAUGUUAUAACAUUGUGUUUUUUACAUGUGAUAAGAAUGUGUAAACCAAAUGUGACUGUGAAAAACAGACUAAUUUCUUAAAUAUUGUUUUUCUUUUAGAAAAGCUGGUGUUGUUUGCUAUGUCAUCAUGAGUACAUUCAAUACAUGCAAGGUCAAGUGUGAAUAAAAUUAAAUAUAAUUUUAACUGUU